AUGGUCUUGAGGAACCACAGCACCAUGACUUGGUUCCUCCUCCUUGGGCUGCCUGCUGAUCAUCCCAGCCAGGCCCUAUUCUUUGUGCUUUUCCUGGUAAUUUACCUCCUGACUCUGUCAGGGAAACUACUGCUGAUCCUGGUGAUCAGGGCCAGCUCUCACCUUCACACCCCCAUGUACUUCUUCUUGAGUCACCUCUCCUUUGUGGAUCUCUGUUACUCUUCAGUCACGGUGCCCAAGAUGUUAGAGAACCUCCUGUCUGAGAAGAAAACAAUCUCCAUAGAGGACUGUUUGACCCAGGCCUUCUUUGUGUUUGACUCUGGGGGAACACAGAUCUGCCUCCUUGCAGUGAUGGCCUAUGACCGCUAUGCUGCCAUCUGCCACCCUCUACACUAUGGUCAGAUGAUGAGUGAUGAGCUGUGUGUGGGGCUGGUGGGGGGAUCCUGGGGCCUGGCCUUUCUGGAUGCUCUCAUCAAUACCCUCCUAACUUGGAAGUUAGACUUCUGUGAGACUCGAGUCAUCUCCAACUUCCUUUGUGAGAUACCUUCUCUCUUCCCCCUCUCCUGUUCCAACAGCUCCAAUAACUUUGCUGUCCUUCUCUGCUCAGCUCUUCUACAUGCCUUUGGGACCUGCUUCCUGGUUUCCUACCCUUAUUCCCACAUUGUCUCCACCAUCCUGAGCAUCAGCUCCACCUCAGGCAGAAGCAAGGCCUUCUCCACCUGCUCCUCCCACCUCACUGCAGUGACCUUACCUUAUGGUUCAGGCAUCCUUCGCUAUCUUAUGCCCACCUCAGGUUCCCCAUGGGAGUUGGUUUUCUCCAUGCAGUACAGUGUGGUCACUCUCCUACUAAAUCCCCUUGUCUAUAGCUUCAAGAACAAAGAAGUGAAACCAGGUCUGAAAAGCAUGUUGCAAAAAAGUUUAUAUCUUUCAUAG